GUCCAAUCCAUCCACUAUCUGCACGUCCUCACAGCCCGUGCUCUUCUUUAUCAACAUCAACAGCGCCUUCAACAAUCCAAUCUCUUGUUUGCGUAGACGGCCCCUUCCUUACUCUCGCUCGCAUACCUAUCCCCAUCCGAUUCCUUCUUGGUCCAUUCGUCUCAUCCUUGCUCUAACUGCAUCUUGAACGUCGGUUACCUCACUGAAAUCCGUGCCUUCCAGCAUCUACUCUCCUCUCUUCCUACCCCUUCCUCUUGCCAUCAACGAUUAUAGUUACCUCGUCCGACAUCAUGUCGAGAACCUCGAAAGAAUCCACUCACAAUUCUUCCAAAAAAGACAUCGAGCUCGACCCCAAGUACGAUCACUAUGAGUUCCCUACCAUCGCCCCCGGCAAUCAACCUGGUCAUCCAGGAAGCACCACCAAAGAGCAGGAUGCUCAAGUAUUUCAGCUGAGAGCCAUGUUAGAACAGGAGGGCUACUCUACCAGGCUGGACACUUUAACUCUCCUCCGCUUUUUGCGGGCACGCAAAUUCAAUGUUCAGGCUAGCAAACAAAUGUUCGUCAACAACGAGAAGUGGCGAAAGGAAUUCGGAACCGACGAUCUCGUUCGAACUUUCAAAUACACCGAGAAGCCACAGAUGUUUGAAUACUACCCCCAGUACUACCACAAGACUGACAAGGAUGGUCGACCUGUUUAUAUUGAACAGUACGCCAAAAUUGACCUCAACGCCAUGUACAAGAUCUCCACCGCAGACAGAAUGGUGCAAAACUUGGUGGUCGAGUACGAGAAAAUGGCAGAUCCUAGGCUCCCUGCAUGCUCUCGAAAAUCUGGCCACUUGCUUGAGACCUCCUGUACUAUCAUGGAUAUGAAGGGCGUCGGAGUUGGCAAAAUUUCCUCGGUCUACGGCUACCUGAAACUCGUCAGUUCCAUCUCCCAGGACAACUAUCCUGAGCGAUUGGGGAAGCUCUACAUCAUCAAUGCGCCUUGGGGUUUCAGCAGUGUCUUCAGCUUUAUCAAGGGAUUCCUUGAUCCUGUCACUGUUGCCAAAAUCCAUGUGCUUGGGUCGGGCUAUCUCACCGAGCUGCUUCAGCAAAUUCCGGCCGAGAACUUGCCCAAAACCCUUGGGGGCAAAUGCGAGUGUGAAGGAGGAUGCGAGUACAGCGACGAGGGCCCUUGGAAUGAUCCUGAAUGGGCCAAACCACCAAAAUGGGCACAGGAACCGACGCAGGAGGAGAAUGUGGUCAAGCCAGCUCCGAUUGAUGGCGCCCAAGACCCUCUCGAGCAAAAGACUGAUCCUACUCCGGCUACUGCUUCAUCAGAGAUCGAAAAUCCACCUCAGGAGCCCUCCAAGAUUCAACAAUAGUGCUCUGUGAUAUCACAGGAUAUACUGGCCUAGUAAACAUUGGUCUGCGGGGGGAGUCGUGCGGCAUCAGCGACAUGUACAGAUCUUGUCACUGGUUCAUCAAUCCUCCUACGAAUUUGACAUUGGGGUGAGUGAGCGUUGAGCACUGGAAAUAUUCUACACAGCUCCGCCACGCCGACGGGUUUAUUUGUUCUGUUUAGAGCGAGAGGACUUGGAGAUGCAGUUGCAGCACUUUGUAGUGGUAUCAAAAAUGGUCAUGCUAUACAGGCACGAUCAGCAGCCUACUUGUAGAUCUUCUCACUCAAAUUCCAUGGCCACAGUCCUUGCAC